UGAGCUGGUCGCCGCCGCCCAAACACCUCAGCUACGGACGCAUCUCUGCUUACUUCCUUGGAUACUCAGCGACCCGUGACAGCCCCGCGGCUGCGAUGCUAGAGUGGCUUCGUGUAGGCGUUCCAACGGCUGAUCAGGACCCUGGUCCUCCAGUUGUGAUGGUCGACAUCAACAACGUCUCGUCGUAUUACCUUAAUCGACCUUUUGCAGACCUCGCACCCGGAAAACCGGCUUCGAUCACCCUUGAAAAAUCGCGACGGGGGCCGACGAUAAAAGUGAUCACUUCGAGUGCAGACCGCAGGUCGGAAGUUGUGGUGUCCAACCUGCAGCCUGCAAGGCGGUACUCUGUGUCGGUGCGCGCAGGCAACUCGCAAGGUGUCGGUCCUGCUGCUCCAGAAGUUUCUUUCACCACCGAUGAAGAUUCUCCUUCAGGACCUCCUGUAGAGGUUGUGUGUCGUGGCGUGACGUCCUCCACGAUCGUGGUGUCGUGGUCGCCUCCAGACGAAGACGUGACGAACGGUAUCAUCGUCAACUACAGGGUUGCGUACCAGCGACUCUUGGGCUCUGGCACGGCCUCGUACGAAAAGUGUCCGCUCUUUGAAAAUGGCGAGUUUCUUGCCCAGUAUUCCGCUCUGCAAGCUCACCGUGGGCAGACUGUACGAAACCCAUACGGUGACAGCAGAUCGCCUGCUGCAAUUGGGACGUACAACAGUGAAAACAUCAACACUCACACAAUCAGCAGCGGCACAGACAACAAGCUUAACGAAAGGAAUAACAGCAACAAGAACAACAUCAGCAGCAGCAGCAGCAGCAGCAGCAGCAGUGCGGUGUCGGCAGCAGGAGUGCUGGUGGUAACGGAGGGCACGACGGCAAGACUGGUGUCCCUGGCAGAGGGUGGUCGCUACAGGGUCAGCGUCGCCGCCGCUACCGCCAGAGGUGUGGGGGCUCCCAGCGUCCCUGUGCUGUGCUUCACCGCUCCACCGCGUGAGUUGGGUCCCUGUGCUGUGCUUCACCGCUCCACCGCGUGAGUUGGGUCCCUGUGCUGUGCUUCACCGCUCCACCGCGUGAGUUGGGUCCCUGUGCUGUGCUUCACCGCUC